AUGGGUGGUUCUGGUCCUAAGACUUACAUGGGAUGGUGGGGCAACAUGGGCUCCCUUCCCCAAAAGCACAUCACCACCUACACGGUGUCGCCGUUCGCCACCAAGCCGUUGAAGGGCGCCGCCAACCGGGCGGUGUUCAACACCUUCAGAAGAACCAAGAACCAGGUGUUGUACGUCCUUAUCCCCGCCGUCAUCGUGUGGAACAUCUGGGCCAAGGCCAGAGACUACAACGAAUACUUGUACACCAAGGCGGGUAAGGAAGAAUUGGACAGAGUUAACGUUUAA